UACCUGAUUGGCUACAGGGCGACCAACCGGCGCCUCCCAUUGGCCAGUUUCUCUUGCCCCGCCUGCCGAAUCAAUUCAAGAUGGCAGCCAAGUGUGGGUUGUUGUUUCCACGACUGUUAACGUGGAGGUUGCUACAGGCCCGUGGCUUUCCACAACGUUCUGCACCCGGCCCGGGCCUAGGAGCGAGGCUUUAUUCCCGGGGCGACUCUUCGUACUCGCGCACAGCGCUAUAUGAUCUCCUUGGCGUCCCCUCCACAGCCACGCAGGCCCAAAUCAAGGCGGCUUACUACCGUCAGUGCUUUCUCUACCACCCGGACCGCAACUCCGGCAACGCCAAGGCUGCCGAGCGCUUCACCCGCAUCUCCGAGGCCUACGUGGUUCUGGGCAGUGCCACCCUCCGUCGCAAGUAUGAUCGCGGCCUGCUCAGCGACGAGGACCUGCGCGGACCCGGCGUCCGGCCCUCCAGGACGCCCGCAGCCGACUCCGGCUCGCCGCGUCCCCCGCCGCCCACCUCUCGGACCCACAGCGGUUCUUGGACCGCCCCCGACGCCAACCGCACGAAGUUCAACUUUGACGCCUUCUACCAGGCCCACUACGGGGAACAGCUGGAGCGGGAACGGCGCCUGAGGGCCCGGCGGGAGGCUCUUCGCAAGCGACGGGAAUCUCUGGCCCUGACCAGCCGUCCCUGGGAGGACAUCCGAGACACGGGUGUCGUUUUCUUCCUCUUCGGAAUCUUCAUCACCAUUGUCAUCGUUGGCUUUUAUAUUUAGCGGGAGAGAGGAAGGAAGGGGAGCGUCCCCAGCCAGCCCCCAGAAAACGGCCUUUUUUCCUGCCCCAGAAUUCUUGGCCAUUGAUAGCCUACCUCAGCUGGGAUCCGAAGGAACUGUGCUCCCCCUCCCCUCCCGGACCCACCCAACAUAGCCGAUGACCUGCACAUCCCUUCCCUAUGGUCCAGAAAAGGAGGCCUCAUAUGCCUGAGAAAGAGGCCCCACGCUAAAGAGUCCCGAGAGCUCACGAGUGAGGGGUCCCUGGAGUCUCCAGGGUGCUUCUUCCAGAAGUUGCCUUCCUGCUUCCAGAUGUGGCUAACUUCUGUAACACUCGCUGUAGCUUGAUUGUAAAGCCUCGGGCAGGAUUUAUCUGCUCCUGCCCCGCGUGUGUACGGUGGGGCUCCUCUGUAACCUUGAAAUGUGCAAUGUGACCAUUUGUUGGCUGCCAAAAGAAAAGGUCUGGGGUUGUACCAAACUUGUCUUUCUGUGAGUUCCCCAAGUGGCAGGUGAGACCUGGUCCAGGGUAAGAAUGGGGUCUGUGGACAGCCUGCCAUUCCUCCCUCUAAAGUCAGCCCCCUGGGGCACUCCCCUUUCUGUUGAUAGCAUGUGGGAGUGAGGAAACAAGGUCACUGAGCAUAAGGAAUGAGUGUUCCUGGGCCCGUAUUAAUGUGUGACCUUGGAGAAGUUACUCUGUGAGCCUGACAGCAGAGGAGAGAAUCAUUUGACAUUGUUUUGUUUGUUUUUGUUUUUCAGAAGGGGUCUCGCUCUGUUGCCCCGGAUGGAGUGCGGUGGUGCAAUCUCGGCUCACUGCAACCUCUGCCUCCUGGGUUCAAGCUAUUCUCCUGCCUCAGCCUCCUGAGUAGCUGGGAUUACAGGUGCCUGCCAACAUAUCGAGCUAGUUUUUGGAUUUUUAGUAGAGCGGGGAUUUCACCAUGUUGGCUAGGAUGGUCUUCAACUCCUGACCUCAGGCAAUCUGCCCGCUUCAGCUUCCCAAAGUGCUGGGAUUUCGGGUGUGAGCCACCUUGCCUAGCCUAUUAUCCAUUGUUCUAAUCUGUGGGGAUUAUAGCAUGAUGCCAGCAGGGCCGCGUUCAUCCUUGGGACAGCGUGGCUGUCACCUGGCCCUCCUUUUACCAGCCAACCCCAUUGCACACUGUGCAGCCCAGCCCCUCCCAGAAAUGGAAUGCCAGACUCCGUGCUUGAGUCUCCUGCUGCUGUUUAACUUGCAGUGCUUAUCACAGGCCCUGCGUGAACCUUUGAAACAAGGCUGCUUGAUGCUGGGGUAAACUUUGGGACUUUGGGAGUAGACAGGACUACGGAGGGAUGGGGGCCUUGCUGUUCAAGGUGGCGACUUGGUUCUUUAUGCAGAGCUGACUAAAGGCGUGGUUUCUUUCCCUCUGUUUCAUGUUAACUAGUUGCUCAUCGUUUGGUCAGAGCUGCUGCUGAGCACUCUGAACUGUGAGUCACUGGACAUUGGCAGUGAGCUGGCGGUGAGAUUGUAGGUGCUCGAGUGUUUACGCACAGGACUGAGUGUAAAUCUGUAAAAAGGGAAAAUCCUCGAAAGAGGUCUACGAGAUGGAUGAGGGCCCAAGUCUAGGGUCUAAACAAAGCCAGGAGUGGUUUGAUGUACUACUGAGGGCCAUAAUUGCGUGCAAUCCCUGUACUCAAUGUGUUGUGUAAAAUCCUUAUGUAAAAUGGGAUAAACCCACAGCUGGUCCUGCUUA